AUGACUCAACUGCAUGUCCACGUCGUCUCUGCCUUACAUUUGGAACCAAAAGAUCUUCUCACACAAAGCAGCGAUCCCUUUGUAGAAGUCUCCUUUCAUGGUCAAACCAAACGAACCUCUGUGAUUCGUGAUUCUUUGAAUCCGUGUUGGGAUGAAGUCAUUCGUUUUGAUUUGAGGCCACAUGUUCUUACUUUGAAUGAUAUCUUGAUGAAAAGAGAUUCCAAGGAGGAGAGUCCUACCAUUUCUACUAUUUCUUCUACUACUGCUGCUGUUGCAUCUCGUUCCUCACCAUCAUCUUCUUCGAGACGAAUGAAUUUUCACUUUCCGAAAUUCUUUCACUCUUUCAACACCACCACCACGAAGGUUGGUCUCUCCUCUCCAUCUGCUUCUUCUUCAAACAACAACAACAACACCACCUUACGAUCAGAAACGAAUGCAUCAUCAUCACCAUUCACUGCCUCUUCCCACAGAGGCUCUCCUUCCUCCCAUUCAUUCACAGGUUCUUCUUCCUCCAAAACUGAUGCUUCACUCUUCUCCUCUCUCGGUUAUGUGCAUUUUCAAGUGUGGGAUUACGAUCGAUACAAACACAAUGAGAAAUUGGGAGAAUGUUAUGUGCCAUUGGGAUCCAUCUUUGAUGGUUACUUGAUGGAUGAGCAAUGGGAUGGUAAGCCGUGGUGGUUUCAACAUGCCACCCCUCUAUUGAUCGGUGGAAAGAGAAAAUCGAAGGAAAUGUUGACCGCUCAUGAUUCAGCCAUCCUGAUGAAGAAGAAUAAGGACAAUAAGGGAGGACUCUUGAUGGAGCGUGGUCAUUCACAACAACCUCUCACGGAAGAGGAUGAUCAAUUGACACAAAGUGUGAGCAUUGAAAGUUGGGCGACGACUGGGGAGGAUGAAACCAACAGUGGAACAGUUUCAGUACAUCCUCAGAGGAUCUCUCUCGAUGAUUUUCAAGAAGAUGGAGAAGCAAUGAGGACGACUAAUUAUUAUUCACCGUCACGUCUCAAUCAUUUGGCGGAGGAACAGGAGCAUGUCUUGUAUGGUAAAUAUCAACCCGUCACAAAGGAGUCAUUCAAUUACUUGUUUGAUGAGAAGGUUCAAGAGUUGUUGGUCCAAGAGGCGAAACAACCUCAAUAUUUGGAGAUGGAGCUUGAAAAAACUUCAAAGAGAUCAUUUCUAAUUGUGGAAUUGUAUUUGAGUGGGAUUGUAAGAUCGAGACAAUACUAG